AUGCUCACAGCACUGCAAGGCCAGGCCCCUGCUGCCGAGGAGAGCCGGAGGGAGGGCAGCACCUUGCUGCUCAGGUGUCCCUACGCAGCGCAGCAGAGCCAGCAGCUGAAGGGCUGGGGGCGCCUCACAGGGGGGCAGUGGGAAGUCCUGCUGGAGACCACCCCCCCUCAGAACUCCAGCACAACCCAGAGCACGAUGGGGAGAGUGUCUGUAAGGGACAACAGCACCUCCAGGCUGGUGACCGUCGUGGUGACCAACCUCCAGGCAGAGGACUCAGGCAGCUACUGCUGCACCCUGCGCUCCCCCCUGCCCAGCAGCAGACCCCUGCCCCUGAAGAUCAUCUCCCUCAAUGUGUUCAAGGAGGUGCACAGGUGGGAGCUGGACACAGUCUCUGUGCAGUGCAAAUACAGAGCUGUGGAGGACAGAGCCACUCCCAAGGUCUGGUGCCGAAGAGGUCCAAGGGGGUGCCAGCCCUGGCUGAGGACAGAGCCCAGCUGGGCAGAGAGCAGAGCCCUGGAGGGCAGAGCCCUGAUCCAAGAUGACCCCCAGGGAGGGAUUGUCACUGUCACCAUGAGGAACCUGCAGGCCCAGGAUGCUGGCACCUACUGGUGUGCCCUGCACAGGGCCUGGCAGCCUGCCCGCAUCAUGGAGCUCAGGCUCUAUGUCUCCAAGAGGACAAAGCACUGCAGGGCCAAGGAGGCAGAGCAGCUCUCUGUCCAGUGCCUCUACAACCCCUCUGAGCACAGGCCUGUGAGCAAAGCCUGGUGCAGGAAGGCAGCCGGGGAGCCUUGCAGCCUGCUGCUCAGCACGGAGGUGGAGGCCCCAGGGCGCCUCAGGACGUCUCAGCGAGGCAGAGUGGCCAUCCAGGACGACAGCCUGCAGGGCAUUGUCACUGUCACCGUGAGCAGCCUGCAGGCACAGGACUCUGGGGUGUACUGGUGUGCCCUGCGUGAGCAGGAUGGGCUCCUCCGGAUGGCAGAGGUGGUGCUCAGCGUCCCUGGGGGGAACAGAGGAGGAGAGAGCAGCUGUGGCAAGCCAGAGGACGUGGCCCAGGUUGGCAGCCCUGGAAGAGUGGAAAGGGCCAGGGAUGAGAGCAAGGACCUGAACUAUGCUACCCUGACCUUUGGAGCCCAGCCCAGCCCCGAGGGUGCUCUCUACUGCAACCUGGAACCAGGCCAGGCCCACAGGGGGCCCAGGGCUGAAGAUGUGCAGUAUGCAAUCAUUGGGCUCCAGCAGCUGCCAGCCAGUGGCAAAGGAUGA